AUGGCACGAAUUCUCGCUCCGAUCGUUCGUUACAACGAUUCACAAUGGCGCGCAAUAAAAUCCAAAGCAAAUAACAAUCAUUCAUCUCUCAAGCCCGAAGAUAUCGAAAUCAUCAAAGAGGUUAUUAGGGUUCACAAUGCUAUUUUGAAUAAUACAGAUCCGACACCUCUUCCACAAUUCCAAGAUUCCAUUAGAUAUGAUGAAAGACAAGUUAUCAGGUACUUCCUUUGGAGUAGAGUAGUCAGAGAAAACAACAGCACAUUCACCCUUAUCAGUACCUACUACCUUCCCAAGCGCCGUCCUCAGGGCUGGGGUAGUAAGCAGCAGAAACAAGCAGAUGAGGCUAUGAGACCAAGAAGAGAUUCGCGGGGAACUACAUAUGGAUUCGUGAGAAGACCUGAGAGAAAGGUUGAUGAUGCAGUUGAAGAUACUGCUGUGGAGAGUGGCGAACCAGAGGGAAGUGAGGUCGCCGCUAAUGAAGAUAGAGGUGAUAUUGGGGUUGGAAGUGAAAAUGGGACCCUAGCCAUGGGAACUAGUCCUCAUGCGAAGCAAAAUCCUACCGGGGAAAACAGUUCUGGUGGGGAAAGAAGAAUUCGACGUUUGAAAUUGAAAUCGAAUACCAGCCAUGAGUUCGUUCGUCGGAGCGAAAGAAGAAUUGGAGGUGAAGUCGCUAAUAAGAACCUUGAAACUAGUAUGGAGGGUACUGGAGAGUUUGUCAUGAACGAGAAUACGGACAAGACCAAGGGUAUGAGCAGUUUGGAAACAUCGCAGGAUUCGACAGAUUCGAAAGGAUCGAGCGAGUCAACUCCAAGUGAUGAGAUGAAUGAUACACUUAUUGAAAACGGUACUCUUUCCAACAACACUUUCGUCGCGGAAGAUAACAAGCAUCAAGAUAGCAAUAGCAAUAGCAAUACCGCUAUUUCUGCUCAAGUUCCCGAGGAAGAUAUGUCCCCUAGCUCGACUAAUAAAUUACCAUAUGAUCCAUUUUCCAACGCGGGGUAUCAGAUCGAAGAAUGCGAUAGUAGUCUUACGUUUUUGGGUCUAGAUUGGUUGAUGAAGCUUGGAGUCGGUGGAGAUGGAUGGGCAGACUUAGAUGGGUUUAAUAGAGGGUUGGUGGUGAGGGCAGGCAUGAUUUAG